CUUGUUUUGAGGAUUCUGCUGUUCGCCAUUGUUUUCCUGGCACUGUGACCAACGCUUAUAUCAGUAAGAAAUCUACUAUCAUCGGGCCUUUUUAAAGUUUUUCACUUACUAAAAACCUUCCAAUACACAGUUGGUAUAUCUAAGAUUUCAAGAUGACUGAAGAAAACAACAUUCAAGAGGAAGAGUUGUUGGAUUAUGAUGAGGAAGAACAACAAGAAACUACUCAAGAGACAGGGGGUGAUGGGGACAAGAAGAAAGAUGUGAAAGGAAACUACGUUUCCAUUCACAGUUCAGGAUUUCGUGAUUUCCUUCUCAAACCAGAGUUGUUGCGUGCUAUUGUUGAUUGUGGUUUUGAACAUCCGUCAGAAGUUCAACACGAGUGUAUUCCUCAAGCCAUCUUGAGUAUGGACGUGUUAUGCCAGGCUAAGAGUGGUAUGGGAAAAACUGCAGUUUUUGUACUGGCUACUCUGCAACAAAUAGAACCCGUUGAUGGACAGGUUUCUGUCCUUGUACUCUGUCAUACUCGUGAGUUGGCAUUUCAAAUUGCCAAGGAGUAUGAGAGGUUCUCAAAGUACAUGCCAACAAUCAAGGUUGGAGUGUUCUUUGGUGGUAUCAACAUCAAGAAAGAUGAACAGACGUUGAAAAACAACUGUCCUCACAUUGUGGUAGGAACCCCGGGACGUUUGCUGGCUUUGGGAAGAAACAAGACACUGAGUCUGAAACAUGUCAAGCAUUUCAUUCUAGAUGAAUGUGAUAAGAUGCUAGAACAGCUUGAUAUGCGUCGGGAUGUACAAGACAUAUUUCGUCAGACACCUCACGAGAAGCAAGUCAUGAUGUUCAGCGCUACACUCAGCAAAGAUAUCCGACCUAUCUGCAAGAAAUUCAUGCAAGAUCCAAUGGAAGUGUAUGUUGAUGACGAGACCAAACUUACAUUGCAUGGUCUGCAACAAUACUACUGUAAGCUUAAAGACAAUGAGAAGAACAGAAAGUUGUUUGAUUUGCUGGAUGUUUUGGAAUUCAAUCAGGUGGUGAUAUUUGUGAAGUCUGUUCAGCGUUGUAUAGCUUUAUCACAACUAUUGGUAGAACAGAAUUUCCCAGCCAUUGCCAUUCAUCGUGCUAUGAAUCAAGAAGAAAGAUUGGCCAGAUACCAACAGUUCAAGGACUUCCAGAAAAGAAUUCUUGUGGCAACUAACUUAUUUGGCCGUGGUAUGGAUAUUGAAAGAGUUAAUAUAGUAUUUAAUUAUGAUAUGCCAGAAGAUUCCAACACAUAUCUACAUAGGGUUGCCCGUGCUGGUCGAUUUGGUACUAAGGGCUUGGCAAUAACGUUUGUAUCAGAUGAAAAUGAUGCCAAAAUAUUAAAUGAAGUGCAAGAUAGAUUUGAAGUUAAUAUCGGAGAACUGCCAGAUGAGAUUGACAUCACAUCAUACAUUGAACAGCGUUGAUUACAUUGCCUUGGAAACAUGAUGCUUUUGAUGUUUUGUUUGUUUUUUUAAAACCUUGGGAUGAGUCUUGCCAAUUCCCACUCAUUUUGUCUAUAUUAUUGUCUUUUUAUCGUUUCUAUAAUAUAAGUUGAGAAGGGUGUUACCGUGGCAAUCAUAUUACAAGUCUAUUACAAUGUUAUGCAAGAAAUAGUCGGGCUUAGAUUAGUAUAGCUACCUCUUUGGAUGACAAUUGUAAAGGAUUACUCAGUUUUACCCAUUUAUCAUGUCAACUAUCAGUCCUCUUUUUAUUGUAAAAUGACAACCAUCUACUUUUAUUGUAUUUUUGUCAUACCAAACUUUUCAGAUGUUUAGAGAUAAAUAAAAGAUUUUCUAUUUCCAAAUCA